GGAAGCUUCCUAAAAUCGAAAAAGCAUUACCGACUUGUCAUUAUUGGAACGGCAGUCAUGGGUAUCAAACAUGUAACAAUCGAGCUGGACCCAGUGGAAACUACAGCAUCGUCACAGUGUUAUGGUUACAUACCUGGGCACGUCGUGUCUGGUACUGUUGUCGUUUGGGGCACCUCAAAAGUUAACUUAAAUGGGUCGUACAUCGAGGUCGAGGGGCGUGCAAAAGUCGCCUGGAACGAGAAUGACGUUUCGUACUGUGCACAAAAUUCCUAUUUGAAUCUCAAGAUUCUUUUGACCCAUGAUUCUUCACCUAGUGCAGUAUUCACCAAUGGAGUCAGGUUUCCUUUCAAGUUCGCUCUUCCACUUGAGAUUCCAAGUUCUUACGAAGGCAAAUCGGGCAAUAUUCGAUACAGCAUUAAAGCCGUCCUAAGAAGACGUUCUUUAUUCAAAUUUGAUAAUGUCAGUCGAGUGUAUUUUACUGUUAACGCCAUCGUGGACCUCAGCAAAGACGAAACUUCUUCGUUUCCAUUGCGGGAAUCCUUGUCUAAACCGCGGUCCGGUUUGAAGCGGAUCAUGGCAGAUGCGUGGCUGGAUAAAACGGGUUACAUACCUGGUGAAGAAAUUCAAUUUAACGCAACUAUCGAUAAUUAUAGCGGUAAAUCUGUGAGGGGAACUACAGUUCAGCUCAUUCAGUACACCAUAUUCACCGAUGGAAAACAUAAAAAUAAAGUGAAAAAAGUUCUUUGGGAGAGAAAAGGAAAAUCAAUCUGUGAUAAAGAAGUGCAAGUUUGGGAAAGGUUUCCUAUUAUGGUUCCACAUGUCCCAUCGUCUGGCAUGCCAUUCUGUGAUCUUAUAAAUACGUCUUACGUGAUAAAGUUGAUUGUAAAUCCUGGAUUCUUCUGUCGUAAUUUAACCAUUCGUCUAAAUAUCGUGAUUGGAACUGUUAGGAGUAUCGCUCAUCAAAAUUCAAGCAAUUUAACUCUGUUACCUGCAAUUUCACGUCUUGAUCGAACUUUAACUAGUAAUUUGUUCAGCAGUGUAGGGGAAUUGCACUUCAGUAGUCCGCCUCCAACUUACGAAGAAUGUGAGCUGGGGAAAUCUUCAUGUCGUGAUUUCACAGCCGAUAUAAAAACCAGCACCAACAUCGGUGGAGUUGAACUUCCAGGAUGUUCUAUUUGAAUGGACACUUCCACUUUCGAUAUGAAAACCAAACAUGAUUUAAUUUUCUUUCAGGUUGUUAAGGGUUGUAUAAAAUAUUUUUUAAGUUAUAUUAUUCAAAGAUGAAUUAUUAGAGGGGUUUGCAAAUGUUGAAAAUCAUUACCUCAAUAUCUGCAAUAAUUAUUUUUGCAUUAAGAAGUAUUCCAAGUUGCAUAAUAAAAUGCGUUUUGUAAAUGAUAAA